AUGGCCUCCAAAUCCGCCGUCGCUUUUAUGAUGGUUAACCUAGCCAUCUUUGCAUUUGUGUCAACAAAUGCCUCUACUUGCCCUGACCUAAAUGCGUGUGUCAACAUUGCCGAUAGUUUGGUGACUGCCGAGUUUGGUAGCCAAUCCAGGACUGAAUGUUGUGAACUCAUUCAAGGUAUAGCCGAUGCUGAUCUUGGUCUAUGCCUUUGCACUAGCCUUAAAAACACUCCUCUCGGAAGCACCCUUGGUGGCCUCCUUAACGCCCUUGGCGGUGUCCUCGGUGGCCUUGGGGGCCUUACUGGCAAUGACCUCCUUAACAAGGAGCUUGUCACCGUCGUUAAUGCCUGUGGAUUUAACAAUCCUACUCAAUACAAGUGUCCUGUCUUUUGA